AGAAGAUAGACAGUAUCGUUUGAUGGAAGUGUGUCCGACGCUGCGUAAUAUUUGCGUGCUGCUGCUGUUAUUGCCAACCUUCAUCUAAUCUGAAGCGCACCUGCCAUGCAAAAAGGCAAAAUCUCAACUCUUUUUAUUGUAGCCGUCGUGUUUGUCCAAGUGUGGAGCAUACCUUGUGAUGCUGCAAGGAGCCUAACCGCUGCCCCCAGCAAUGUGACCGUCUACAAGACCCUGUACGACCUGAUGUCCGCAACUCCCGAGCUGCGUCCCAUGCUGGGUGUAUUCAACUACACGGGGCUGCUUGGCGUGCUCAAGGAUCCCAACACCAUGAUAACCUGCUUCCUGCCGUCCAGCGAGGUAUAUAACGUGGAUGAAUGGUACAGUUGGGACAGCUGGUUCACUCCAGGAGAUUACAAAGGCCGAUACCUGUGGACUGUUCUGUUGCAGCACUGCGCGGAUGGACAGACGGCCCUCACCCUUAACAAGCUGGUCCCAAACCGCUUCGACGAUUAUACUUUCAACCCAGAUAUUGAGUACUAUGCCGCCUUUCCAAAGACCUAUAAAACAAUUUUCUCGAUAAGAAAGUCCAAUGGCAGCACCUACUUCUAUGGUGAAGAAGGAUUACCCGGCAAAAUCAUCAAGGCAGACCUGAAGGGUGGAAAGAGCAUCAUUCAUGUAAUUGACAACGGUAACCAAUAUCCCUCCAUGGAACCUGGAUAUGCCUAUGAAAACGUAAUCGCCUUUGUAUCGGAUUUUGGGCCAACUGCCUCCGAGGUCUUCUCUGCAAGCACACUUGCCCCCCUCCUGCUGGCGGAGCCCGAGGGGCGAACAACCCAACUCACCAUCUUCGCACCUUCUGACAGCGCUUUCGCGUCGCUCCUCAGCCAGCUCGGUAUCACCAAGACCGCACUGUUGUCCAACACUCGCCUGGUAGACCUGCUAACCAAGGCCCACAUCAUUAACGGAUCAGCACUGUACACGGGGUCAUUCAUCAACUAUGGAGCCCCCAUCAGGCUCGAGACAAUGGCCGGACCGCUGAAUGCCACCGCAGACCUAACCAUCUUUCCCAAGCGCCCGAGCUCGGGUCCUGCCAAGAUGGUCAUCCUGUCAAACAAGUACGUGAAAGCCGUACUCAGUGACUACAAUAUUGGCGGCAACGAUGCAUUUGAUCCGCCCAAUUUCGUGGGGCACCUUGUGGACAAGGUCUUGCUGCCAGUCAGCAUCACGGAGCUCAAGAAGCUCGCAAAGGCCAAGCUCUGAUAUAUAUGUAUUUAUAUGCUAUGCAUGCAUGCAUAUGCAUAGCAGAGUCCCUUGUCCAGCUGGCACCUUUGUAAGCUGCUGUCUACAUGCAGUUGUUCAUUACUGCUGGGUCACGCAGGGUCAGCUGGUUCACGGAUGCAUUUUGUCGGUUUGGUUAGCUAGGCAAGUAUAGGUGCCUAAAUGGAGGUCCACACCGUCUACAGUCUUGGGCAUGAUGGUGCUUCCAGGGAAGCCGCUCGAUUGAGUAGCAGUUGUAACCUUGGAAGUGAUCAAGAGGUUUAGGGGCUGGUCAUGAUCAGCUGCUGUUGGUUCGGCUGCACUGCUGCAGCAGCACUACUACUUCAAUUUUGGUGUUGCUCACUCC